AUGAAAACAAAAAUGAUGGAAGCUAGAAUUCAUGAAGAAAAACUUAAAUUACAACAGAAACAUGAUUCAGAUGUUCAGAAGAUUUUGGAACGAAAGAAUAAUGAAAUUGAAGUACUGAAGGCUCUUUACAAAACAAAACAGAAUGAAGCUGAAGGGACCAUUCGAAAACUUGAAAAAAAAGUUCAGACACUUGUCCGUGAAUCACAAGUCAUUAGAGAAGCCAAGGAAAAACAGAUUGUGGAGCUAAAAAAGUUAUGCGAGCAAAGUACAGAAUCACUGAACAAUGAGUGGGAGAAAAGGCUCCAUAAUGCAGUAGCCGAAAUGGAAAAGGAAAAGUUUGAUCUUCAGAAGAAACACACAGAAAAUAUCCAGGAAUUGCUGGAGGAUACGACUGCACGCCUAAGUAAAAUGGAAGCAGAAUAUCUGGCACAAAAAAAGGCAACUAACCAGAUGGUCAAAGAGCUGGAAACCCGUGUCCAUCAGUUGACUAUGGAAGCUGAAAGCAGCAAUUUGCAGCAUCAGAAAUUAUCUCAAGAAAAGACUGAUCUGGAGCAGUUGUACCGGGCUGCAUGCACUGAACUUCAAGAUGCCAAGACAAGAUGCAACUCACUUCAAAAAGAGAGAGAACGUAUUGUACAAGAUUGGGAACAGAACAUUCAACAGCUACAAGGCAAAUAUGAUGCUGACCUAAAUUUCAUGAAACAGGAACAUGCUCUUUCUGCAGCUAGGGCGUCUGAUGUGAUCGAAGAAUUAGAACAGUGUAUUUCUCAAUUGAAACAACAGUUAGUAGAAUCGGAACAUCAACGGCACCAACAGCUGAGGGACCAAGAGCAGAUGUUUCUACAGGAGAAAAUUCAUUUAGAGAGAUCUCAUGAAAGCAAGGUCCAUGGAUUACAGAAUGACUUUGAUAAAGAGAGAGCAGAUUCUCAUAAGAUAAUACGAAGACUGGAAGAUAUUCUGAAGGAGAAGGAGGAGGAAUCUACUAGAGUGGAAGAGGCACAGAGGCUGCGGGCCCAGCAGGCUGAUGCUGCCCUGGAGGAGUUUAAGCGGCGGGUGGAGCUGAACUCAGAAAAAGCCUAUGCUGAAAUGAAAGAGCAGAUGGGAAAGGUGGAAGCAGAUCUAAGCAGAUCAAAAUCUCUUCGUGAAAAGCAAUCCAAAGAAUUUUCCUGGCAGUUGGAAGAACUCAAGCAAAGAUAUGAACAACAGAUAGUAGAGCUGAAGCUGGAGCAUGAACAGGAGAAGACGCACCUAUUCCAACAGCACAACACAGAAAAGGAUUGCCUGGUCCAAGACCAUGAAUGGGAAAUUGAAAAACUAGAAAAACAGCUUCGGGCUGCCAUGACAGAGCACGACAAUAAAACUCUGGAAUUCAGGAAGCGAGAUGCGCAGAUCAUCUGUGAUAUGGAAGCCCAGAUUCAUGCACUGAGAGAAGAGCUUAUUCAGGUGAAUGCUCAGAGAAAAAAGCAACUAGCUGAGCUUAGCCUCAUUCGAGAAGAAGAAAAGCAGAGAAUUUCUCAGGACCAUGAAGCUGCCAUGAACAAGCUGAGAGCUGACUCAGAAAAGAUAAUGUUAGAUUUAAAAAAGACUAGUGCUGCAGAAACAGAGAUGGCUUUGGAAAAGGCCAACAACCGUUUGAAGCAGAUUGAAAAGGAAUACAGUCAGAAGUUGGCCAAAUCUGCACAGAUCAUAGCUGAACUUAAGACAACCAUUUCCUCUCUGACAGAGGAAAGCAACCAGCAGCAGCUUGCUGCAGAAAGGCACCUGCAGGAUGUUUUACAAAAGUUUGAAGAUGAGAAGAAGCAGCUAAUUAGAGAUAAUGACAGAGCAAUCAAGGGUUGGCAAGAUGAGAUUGAGAAGUAUUGCAGUCAUAUUCGCUUGGCCGAAAAGAAGUUGCAACACAGAGAUUUGGAGACACUGCAACAGAUGAAUUCUAUACGGCAAGAAUAUGAAACUAAACUUAAAGGUCUGAUGCCAGCAUCUUUGAGACAAGAACUUGAAGACACAAUUAUUUCAUUGAAAUCUCAGGUCACUUUUCUGCAGAAAAGGGCAUCCGUCUUGCAAGAAGAACUGAAUGCAUAUCGUACUAGAAGGUAA